AUGUCGGGACGGGCCGAGACACGAACCCCUGAACCGCCCGACCGCAACGAACACGAAAAUUCUCCACCGCGAUUGUUGAGACCGAGACGCUCCACCAGACCGCCUAACAAUUAUGCCCAGGAUCAAGAACUCGAUAUCGAGCAAAGCAACGCGCGUUCCCAACGGAAGAAGAAGACCCAGGGCAAGCCAGUAGCCCAACGUGAAGUGAUAACAUCGGAAUCAUCAACAGAGAGCGAGGACCCGAACGCCUCGGAACUGUUAAAGGAACUCGUCAAACUCAGGAAGGAGACCAGACCUCGAGACGAAUUGCACAAGGAAGAACUUCAGAAAGUCAAAGAAGAAUUUACCGCCGCCCUCGCAGAAUGGUAUGAAGCAGCCGUCCGCAACCAGGCGCGAGUACCAUUUGACUCUAGGAUCGCCUCUCAAUCGAUUAUUAUAAAUCCGAGCCAGCGUCAGGCAUCGUCAGCUUCCAGGCGACUCCCUGCGGAAUCAGACAACAAUGACCGAUCACCACCUCACGGGCUCAGACAAGGCCCGCCGGUGCCCCUGUCAACCGGCCCCGAGCCAGUGCAAUUUUCAGUCCUUGAGGACGCCCAUCAGUCGUUCCUGAGACAGAUUUAA